GCGGGUGACAGCACUGAGCUGUGUAACAGUCACUGACACCAGAUACCUCUGUCUAGCUGGGUUCUACCGGGCUCCACUCAGUUCACCUUCAGAAAAUGGAUUCUAUGGACGUUUAUCAUGGGAACAUCAGCCGGGAGACUGGGGAGAAGCUGCUGCUGGCUACGGGGAUGGAUGGCAGCUAUUUACUGCGAGACAGUGAGAGCGUCCCAGGAGUGUAUUGCCUGUGUGUGCUAUAUAAGGGUUAUGUUUAUACCUACAGAGUGUCCAAGACAGAUACAGGUUCCUGGAGUGCCGAGACUGCACCUGGGGUCCACAGAAGAUUGUUCCGGAAAGUACACAACUUAAUUACAGCAUUCCAGAAGCCAGAACAAGGCAUUAUAACUCCUCUGCAGCAUCCUGUAGUGACUGCUGCAAAAGCCAAGCACCCACAAGGAAAAAAGGAAGAUCAUGACUUUUAUUUGCAUCCUUCAUGAAGACACGUCCCAGAGUUUGAAGUAAUUUAAAUAGGCUUUUAUAGGUCAUUUUUACACAAAAUGCUGUAGAUUAUAGACAUUACAACUCUAUGAGUUUUCCUGUAAUAUUUUCAGAAAUGUAUGUUUAAUGCAACUUCUAGUCUGCCCUUUAGAUUGGCGUGAAUUUGUUAUUUUUUUAUAAAGAUAUGGGAGAAAAAAUAACCAGCAAUUGGAUGACUUAAUACUUUCAUUUUCUGUUGGUGCUUGGGAGCUUUCUGUUUGAAUAUUAGUUAGUCUUUUUACAUGACGUUAGUGUUUGAUUUCUGAUUGAAAUUCAGCCCAGCAUAAGUCCUAUGUAUCACUUAAGACCUACUUAUGGCCGCAGAAUAGUGGCUUUUAUAGUGGAGAUGCCUUGUGCAGGCUCUUUGAUCAAGGAUGAAUUUCACCCCAGAAGCAAAUUUCAAAGGUGCAGGCCUGUGUAUUUCCAGGAAUUUUUACAUUGGUAUCAUAUGCAUCAGCCACUUCUUGCUGGGUGUGCUGGCAUUCUUGUCCAAUCGGGGAAAAUAACCUGCCCAAUCUGAACAGACCAGCAAUGUAGCAUAUUCAAUCUGUGAGCCAGCCAAAGUUUAAAACAAUGUGUUGAAUCUUUUUGAGCAACAAAUGAAUUUGAGGACAUUGUUUAUGAAUAUUCUGUGAGCUGGAGAAAGGUGGCUAACUGUGUCAAAAAAAUUAUCCUUUCCAUAGGAUUUGCCUGCUCUUCCUUUUAUUUCUGGGAGCCUAGGACGGUGGCAUCUAGAUGCCAAAUGAUCCUCCAUUAUUGUGACUCCAAAUCUGAGCAACUAACCUUACUGCAGCCUCUGAUGUCACACAGUAAUUUUCAAGACAAUCCAAGUGUGCAUGUGGCUUUUAGAACAAUUAGAACAAAUGUCUGUUAAACAGCAAGCUCACCUCAACCUUGACUAUAGGGAUGGCACUGCCCAUCUAUAAUUAACAAAGAAUGGGAAACCAUUUUGAAUAGAUUUAAACUUUUAUCCUACUAGGCAUUUCAGAAAACAAUAAUCAUUUUUGUUUUGCAGUAUUGCCAAAGCCAAGUCAUCAAAAAACCAUGACUCGGUGUCCUUCCCUCCAAAAACAUUACGAGACUGACUUAAAAAUCAUCAGCGUUUUUAAAAAUAAUACUAUAUUUGGGUCUCUUUUUGCCUUCUCGUGUUUGAGCCUUUAGGGAUCACGAUUUUUAAUCCACAACUUUGAGAGCUAGAAACUUACUUUUUCUUAAAUGAAAGCUGGGGUAAUGCACACUGUGAGACUUUUGAUACAAAUCCCAACAGUUGGCAGCACUGGCUAACUAGGGAGCUUUCACUAGCUGCUGAAUGAUUAGCGUUUUCAACUACUCCUUUGGACAAAAACAAUGGUGUGAGAAAACAUCUGGCUGCAAGUGAAGGUGGGCGGGCCUCCGAGUCCAACUGGUGCACUUUGCCACGGCACUUCGAGCCGUGGCAAACUUCUGAUGUGUUAGCUGAGCCUAAGUAUAGCGCUGAAGGGAGUUUGAGCUGCUUACUGCUGUCACAGUUUAGGCCCUGGGGAGGACUGAAGUGACUGGGGGAGGGAAGUCCCUGCACCUCCCUUCUCCCACCAUAAUUUGUCCCCUUCUCACUGUCGGUCCCUUUAGUUUACCUGCAUGUAAAUAGAUGGUUGCAGUCAUGCAAUGCAGGGAUUCUCGGCCACCAGCGCUGCCCUCUGCUGGUGGGCACCAGCUGAUGCACUGGUCCUGCCUGGUGAUGUACUCUCAUAUGCAUGAACAUCCUGAAUGCCCUAAAACGACUGAGUAAUCAAGCUUCACUUGAUCAUGCUGUGUGGACACUGGGGAAGAUGCUGCAGUUAUGCCUCUUUGCCACCAUUGCCUUUAUCUAUGGGCUGGGGGAAAUAGGCUGCAGUCUCGCUCUGUUUCCAGUGCCCUGGUGCCUGAUCAGCAGCUCCAACAAUCAUGGAUGCAGAGGCCUCUCUGCCAGUCCUGCCCUACCCGCUGUCUAAUCCAUAUGCAGCCACUGUUUUGUCUGCAAAGAGGGGCUUUGCUAAUGUCAUGGAGCAGGGCUGAAGUGGUGGGUGGGCCUUGCAUUGGAAUGAAUGCCACUCUGUGAGAGGGCUGGCAUAAACCACGCUUGUAUGGGCAUGGCUGAUAAUUAGACCAAGGAGCCUCAGUUGCCUGCUUGUUGAAAGCUUCAUUUAUGCACAUGGCUAAAUGCCUUUAUUUUCACUCAAGACAAAAUAGAGUCUAGGAAGUGGACAUAGACAUCAGAUAAGCAGCAUCAGCAGAGCCAUGACUGGCAUAAAGAAACUUCAUUCCAAUCACAUUAGCAUUUGAUAAGUUGUUCCUUAACUGCCAAAUUUAUUGUAAUGCACAAAAUUUUCCUUAUAAAAGUGACUAAACGUACCACCUAAACCUCCCAAACCUAGAGAAGGUGUCACAAAUCCAUUAACAGUUACGCGUUUAUUUUGGCUUUAAAUUAUUUCCAAUGCUCAUUUAAGUUGAAACACCUACCAAAUUCCUACUUUUAAUGUAAUGUUUUAUACAAUGCUUGUGUGUGUUGUUCUGUAGCUGCUCAUUAUAUCAAUGCUUGGUUGAAAAGUUUUUCUGACUUAAUUGUUUUAUACGGUGGCAGAUCUGGACUGAUUUACUUUUCAAUAAAAUAUUUAAAGUUG